UGUAAAUUUUAUUGGCGAUUAAACAAUCCAUAUCUAACAGAGAAAUCAGCGAUUAAGAUUAUUGUUCUUUUUACAAAAUAGAUUUCCUUUCCAUAAUGUCACUUAGAGUAAUUUUUAUGGUAAGUGCGUUCGCCAUGAUUUGGACUGGAAGCGAGGGCAAAGAUGUUGGCCUUGAGAAAAGAAAUCAAGGAAAUCCAGCGACAACUAUUGCUGAUGUAGCAAAAAUCUUGAGCGAGCACACCAAAAGAAUAAAAGAGCUGGAGUCAAAGAAAGGCUGGUGUAAAGAUGGGACGCCAGGAGCAGCAGGAUCACCAGGAAAACCAGGAAAAGAUGGCCGUGAUGGUUCACAAGGAAAAGAUGGCGCACCAGGAAAAGAUGGCGUCGGUUUACCAGGCUCACCAGGUCCAAGAGGAAGAGAUGGUCGUGAUGGCCAACAUGGCACACCAGGAACACGAGGAAGUCCUGGUUUGCAAGGCCCACGUGGUACUCAGGGACUAAGGGGUCCUCCAGGUCCUAAAAGUGGUGGUGUUCAGUACAUACGUUGGGGAAGGACCUCGUGUCCUUUUGGUGCUAAUCUCGUSUACAAAGGUCGUGUUGGUGGUGAGGACCACGCCCAUCCUGGAGGAGGUUCCAAUUAUGUAUGCCUGACAGAAUCCCCCAAGUACGCGAGCUACAACGAUGCACAUCAAUCAUCGGGUUUCAUGUACGGUGCUGAGUACCAAACUAAACAAAGCUACAAUCCAUUUCCACACAAUCCUCACGACCACGACGUCCCUUGUGCUGUAUGCUUUGUUCCAACCCGCAAUGCCAAACUGAUGAUCCCGGCAACAUACGAGUGUCCCGCGGGAUGGUCCAAAGAGUACUGGGGAUACCUUAUGACGGAGUACUAUAAUCACCCUAAUCAGAGAAAUUUCAUUUGCGUCGACAAAGAUCCAGAAGUCAUCAAAGGAUCGCUUGCUGACAAGAAUGGUGCAUUGUUGUACACCGUGGAAGGAAAAUGUGGCUCUCUGCCUUGUCUUCCUUACGUGGAAGGACGGGAACUGACAUGCGUAGUGUGUACCAAGUAAAACUGGAGAAUGCACAAAAAGGAUCAAGUGUUACGGUCGCUUUACUAAUAAUAAUCUUUAAAUAAUCAUUAAAAUAAAAAUAUGUAGUAAAGUGAAUAGAAAAUAAAUGUGAUUCAAAAUGAUAUCCUA